AUGCAGACCAUCUUUGUGACCGCCUUAUUAGUGUUGUUAGCUGUGUUCUUGAACAGCGCAAUUGCUCAAUCCGACAAUACAGUAGAGUACGACGACUUUGAAGAUACGGUAAACAAAAGAGCCCAAUACGCCGGACCGUUCGUUCGAUUUGGCAAACGAAGCAUGCAACGGACUUUGAGGAAUGUGAGUUUAGGAAUUUUGGUGCUACUGAGUUUCAAAAAAGUUAUUCAGGUAAAAUUUUAAUAUUUUUAAAAAUUUGUAUAUGAAAUUAAAAAAAAAUUUAGUCCCCGAUUAUGGACCCUCUGAUUCGUUUUGGCAAACGAGCUGAUGGCAUGGAAAGUAAACGUCCAUCUCAUUCACCGUUGAUUAGGUUUGGCAAAAGAGCCGCCUUUCGAUCAGCACCGCACAUCCGUUUCGGCAAACGCUCAGACGAGGACGCGGUAUUUGAAUACUAA